AUGGAGUCCGUCAAGAUGAGAGCCAAAGAGGGGAUAAAGGAAUUUGGGGCGAAGACCCUGGGGCAGAUGUACAAGGUGAUGGAGAAGCGACAGGGAACUGGUGAAGUUAUCGAACUAACAGAGGACGGCAGGCCCUCUGAGGCCCAGGAGAAGAAAGCACCUCUGUGCGACUGCACAUGUUUUGGGCUGCCCCGCCGAUACAUCAUCGCCAUCAUGAGCGGUCUAGGCUUCUGUAUCUCCUUCGGCAUCCGAUGCAAUCUGGGCGUGGCCAUCGUGGGAAUGGUCAACAACAGCACUAUUCACAAAGAUGGGAAGAUCAUCAUCACAGAGAAAGCGAAGUUUAACUGGGACCCAGAGACAGUCGGUAUGAUCCAUGGUUCGUUUUUCUGGGGCUAUAUAGUGACGCAGAUCCCGGGAGGGUACAUAUGCUCGAGACUGGCAGCUAACAGGGUUUUCGGUCUAGCCAUUUUCCUUACCUCGACGCUCAAUAUGUUAAUCCCCUCCGCGGCACGGACGCAUUAUGGACUGGUCAUCUUUGUGAGAGUAUUGCAAGGGCUGGUGGAGGGAGUGACCUACCCAGCCUGCCAUGGGAUCUGGAGUAAGUGGGCUCCUCCUCUGGAGAGGAGUCGCCUGGCCACCACCUCCUUCUGUGGUUCCUAUGCUGGUGCUGUCAUAGCCAUGCCUCUAGCAGGGAUCCUGGUGCAGUACUCAGGCUGGUCCUCUGUGUUCUAUCUCUAUGGGUGCUUUGGGAUCUUCUGGUAUGCGUUCUGGAUCCUUGUGUCGUAUGAAAGUCCUGCUGUGCACCCUACCAUCACCCAGGAGGAACGAGUCUACAUAGAGGAGAGCAUCGGGGAGAGUGCCAAGCUCAUGGACCCUGCUGAGAAAUUUAAGACCCCUUGGAAAAAGUUCUUCACCUCCAUGCCUGUCUAUGCAAUCAUCGUGGCCAACUUCUGCAGAAGCUGGACCUUCUACCUACUGCUUAUCAGUCAGCCGGCCUACUUUGAGGAGGUGUUUGGGUUUGAGAUAAGCAAGGUUGGCAUGGUGUCUGCCCUGCCCCACUUGGUGAUGACAAUCAUUGUGCCCAUCGGAGGGCAGUUGGCUGACUACCUACGCAGCAGGAACAUCCUGUCUACCACUACAGUCAGGAAGAUCAUGAACUGUGGAGGGUUUGGCAUGGAGGCUACGCUGCUGCUGGUAGUGGGAUUUUCCCACACCAAAGGGGUGGCUAUUUCCUUCCUGGUCCUUGCUGUGGGCUUCAGUGGCUUUGCCAUAUCAGGAUUCAACGUCAAUCACUUAGACAUUGCUCCACGCUAUGCCAGUAUCCUUAUGGGCAUAUCCAACGGUGUGGGCACCCUGUCUGGCAUGGUAUGCCCAUUGAUCGUAGGUGCCAUGACAAAAAACAAGACUCGAGAAGAGUGGCAGUGGGUGUUCCUCAUCGCUGCUCUGGUUCACUACGGGGGAGUCAUCUUCUAUGGCAUCUUUGCCUCUGGAGAGAAGCAGCCGUGGGCCGACCCAGAGCUGACCAGCGAUGAGAAGUGUGGCUUCAUCGAUGAGGAUGAGCUGGCAGAGGAGACGGGCGACAUCACCCAGAGUUACGGUGCCCUGGGCGGCGGUCCGGCCAAAACGUAUGGUGCCACUACGCAGAACGGGGGCUGGGCUGACAGCUGGGAUAAGAAGGAGGAGUUUGUCCAGGAAGAGGCAGAGGGAGGGCCGUAUGGCUACAGGCAGGACCAGGACUACUCCUAG